GCAGCCACUAGAGUGAAAGAGACGGAGAGACAGAGGGGGGGAAAGGGAGAGUCAGACAGAGGGAGAGAGCAGUGCGACAGGAGAGAGGAGGGAUCAUCCGUCCCAGCAGAAGAGGGAUUCACCUGUCCCACGGAGGAAGGGCCCCCCCCCCCAGCCUGAUCCAUCUGGUCGCAGGGGGGGACCCUGCGUGGCCGCGAAGGCAACAGGGACUAUGCAGCUGGGACUGGUGGCGCUGGCAAUGGUCUUCCUCAGCUCCAUGGGUCACAGCGAUGUUCUCAAGCUCUCCAAGGCGAGAAGGCAGAGACGUGUUAGUACCGAGGGGCCACCAUCUUGCCCCAAAGGCUGUGACCGAUGUUCUGAGUAUAACGGCUGCAUUAAAUGUAAGCCCAAGCUCUUCAUCUUCCUGGAGCGCAAUGACAUCCGUCAGAUAGGCGUGUGCCUCGCCUCCUGCCCCAUGGGAUACUUUGGCAUGAGGAACCCAGAAGGCAACAACAGAUGCACCCAAUGUAAAAUAGACAAUUGUGAAGCGUGUUUCAAUCGCAAUUUUUGCACAAAAUGUAAGGAGGGCUUGUAUUCACACAGUGGGCGAUGUUAUGUCAGCUGCCCUCCAGACCAGCGCACCUCCAACGAGACCAUGGAGUGUGUCGGUCAGCGUCCUGCAGAGUGCGAAUUGGGCGAGUGGAGCCAGUGGGGUUCCUGCAUGAAGAAGAACAAAACAUGUGGAUUUAAGAAAGGCUCGCAGUCUCGGGUCCGCGUGCCCCUUCCGCAGAUACACAGCCCCGACACUUCCCCGGCCUUCAUACCGUCACAGACCUGCACUCCACAGACAGAGAGAAGGAAAUGUACUGUGACCAAGACGCCCUGCUCGAGAGAGAGGAAGGGGAAGGGAGACCGACAGGAUGAUACAAACAGGAGAGAGAGGGAGAAUGCACGGGGCCGCGGACGCGAUGGCAGUAGAGGAGGAGGAGGUGGAGGAGCUGGUGGAGGUGGCGGAGGAGGAGGAGGAGGCGGUGGUGGUGGAGGAGGAGGGGGGAAGAGGAGAAAAGGCCAGAGCAGGACCACCACCGUUCCCACUAUCACAACCAGCUCUGUCUCCUAAACCCCAUCGCCUGCUGGAAGGGGCUGAUAUGAAAGUAAAGACCCUGCCUCAGCCAGCAGCUCCAGCCAUAGACAAAGAUCAAAAGUGAUGAAGAAAUGGAUUAAUGCUGCUAUGCAUUGUUGACGAUGCAAAGAGAACUGGAGGAUUGCUGCAACACAAAGGCUUCUCUGAGCUUUUUGAGUAGAUGAACAUAUCUGGAAGAUACUGGUGUCCUAGUGAUAUUCAGAAAGACCGUUUGAUUUUCAUUCCCCUGUGAGGGAUCACCGUAGGACUGCAAGGCCACGUUGAAGAUUGUGGCCCGGCAUGGCUCGUGCCGUGAACCGACCUAUGUCGCUUCUCGAAGUAAGAACAGAUUCCUGUGUUUUUUUCGAAAGCAGCGGUCAGUCUGGAAGUCUGAUAACGAAUGAAGGAACUCUUUUUUUUUCCAGUCUCCUCUGGUCUAUGAUGUAUUUUGUUCCAGCCUGAUUUUAAUCACAGUCUGUUCUUCAUUUGUUUUUCAUGUUGGUUUCGUGAGAGGUGGCAGAUGGAUUUUCUCAACAGCCGCUGUACGUGAUGUAAAGACAAUGAAUAGUAUGUCUUUGUACCUUUAUUUCCCUGUUGUGAGAUGACACAAAAAAAGAAAGGCACUGGAAAUCAUUUGUGGUUGUUGUGGACAGAAGGUUCUUGAUAUAUUAUUUCGAGGAAGGAAUCUAUUACAAAAAAAAAAAGAAGAGGUAGAGGAGGGUGGCUGGAGCAAUCCUGGCUCACAUCCCUCUCCGUUGUCUCGACACAAACUCUUGCCAUUUGAUAGUUGCUUCGUUGUUUGUUUCGGAAAUUGAUGUUGGUGUUUGUAUCAGAAAACGAAGGGGGGUAAAAAAAAAACAACAAAAAAACACACCAGUAGUUGCAUGUGUACAAGGUUGCAUGUGCGUGCCUUCGUGCAUGCAAAUGUGUGUGUGUGUGUGUGUGUGUGCACGUGUGUGUGUGUGUGUGAGAGUGUGUCUUUGUCUCUACCUAAAGUGUGGGUGUAAAUGUGUGUACUCCGUAUGCAUAUCUGCACGGAAUCAAGUUGUUUGUCGACGGAAAUGUAGAUGUUUGUACAUGUGUGUUUAUGUUUGCACAUGUGUGUUAAUAUUGGUCUCAUAGGUUGAUGGAACGAUAGGGUCUGGAAAAACAUGAGGAAAGGAAAUGUAAAUGCACAGUGAUAUAUCAAAUAUGCAGUAAUUACAAGCCACUGAUUAUCAUAUAAGCCAUCAAAUCAUCAGCUGCUCAGUAAUCAUGUCUGUUUUUUGCAACAGGGUCUGAAGAUUUUGCACAACUAUAAUGUUUCCUACUGCUCAAGUUUCAGAACAAUCAUAGCAUUUUACACAUUUAUACUCCAAAAGCUGGCUUCAUGACAUUUACAGAUACAGAGAAAUGUUUUUUUUUUGUUGUUGUUGUUGUCCGGGAAUGUUGUUCCAUGGGUCUGUUUGCUUUACACAAGAUAUUAGUUUCAGGAGAAGUUGCACGCUGCAUUAUUCAUUCAUACUAUGGAUUGUGAUACUGAAUAUGUCAAACUGUGUUUAUCAUCAAACAUAAGAAGCAUUAGUAUCAUCAUGUAUAGCUUAUUCUGUGAAAUCCUAAAUAAAGUUCAGAUGAAGCUGAUGAAACUUCAGUCAUA